AUUGACUACUUGCAGAAAGUUUCUGCCCAAAUAGUAAAAUCUUCAAAUCAUGUAUGGAAUGCUGUAUGAGAGUGUCCAGCACUAUGUGCAGGAGGAGUACGGCAUGGACGUAUGGAAAAAGGUUUGCCGCAUCGUCGACUGCAAGCACAACAGCUUUAAGACCCAUCAGAUAUAUCCGGACAAGCUGAUGCCGGAUAUUGCGGCUGCCCUCUCCGCCUGUACGGGCGAGUCCUUUGACUUUUGCAUGAACUUCUUUGGCAAGUGCUUCGUACGAUUCUUCAGCAACUUUGGCUACGACAAGAUGAUACGUUCGACGGGUCGCUACUUUUGCGAUUUCCUGCAGUCCAUCGACAACAUUCAUCUGAUCAUGCGCUUCACAUAUCCGAAGAUGAAGUCGCCCAGCAUGCAGCUGACCAGCAUGGACGAGGGUGGAGCGGUCAUUCUAUAUCGAAGUGGGCGCACGGGCAUGUCGAAGUAUCUCAUCGGCCAGAUGACGGAGGUGGCAAGGGAGUUUUAUGGGCUGGAGAUCAAGGCCUACGUGAUCGAGAGCCAGAAUGAUAUAAGCGGCGGUACUGCGGGACCCAUCAAAAUGACAGAGGGUCCUCUAACUGUCAUAGUCAAGUACCGUCUGGACUUUGAUAACAGCGAGUACAUGGCGAAGCGGGUGAAUACCGUGGCGCACCCGUCCCAGGUUAAGAUGCCAGCUGUGGAUCUGAAUGUAUUCCUGGAGUUGUUUCCCUUCACUUUUGUGCUCAAUCAUGAUAUGAAAAUAACGCAUGCGGGCGAGAAGGUAGUCGAAACGUGGAUAAUGCAUAAUCCGGGCGCCAAUCCGAAGGCAUUUAUAGGCACCCAUGUCACGAAUCUAUUCUACUGUCGCAGGCCAAAGGACACCACCAUCGACUGGGACACUUUGAUCCAGAUGCGUACGGUCCUCUUUGAGUUCGAGUUGAUCCGUACCGGGCACAAUCGGCUUGCCUAUGAUGCUGUACUCAACAUGGACUUUGAGAACUACGAUGACAUGCUCCUCAACGAGGCCCAGGCUAUCGCACUGGCGAAAGCCCAAGAGUUCAGCGAUAACAAUGUGGGUGAUAUAGAUGAUGGGUCCAGCGAGGUAGAGAUCGAUCCGGCAACGGGCCAACGUCGGGCUUCCCAAGGGUUACGUUCUAUCCUGCUCAAAGGACAGAUGUUCUACAUCAAGGACAUCGACUCCUUGAUUUUCCUAUGCAGUCCCCUCAUAGAAAAUCUGGAUGAGCUGCACAGCAUUGGCCUGUACCUGAAUGAUCUGAAUCCACAUGGUCUGAGCCGAGAGCUUGUCAUGGCGGGCUGGCAGCAUUGCUCCAAGCUCGAAAUAAUGUUUGAGAAGGAAGAACAGCGCUCAGACGAGUUGGAAAAGUCCUUGGAGUUGGCCGAUUGCUGGAAGAAGCAGGGAGACGAACUUCUCUACUCGAUGAUACCGCGUCCCAUCGCGGAACGAAUGCGCGUGAGCAAUGAACACGUCUGCCAGAGCUUUGAAGAGGUCUCCGUUAUUUUUAUUGAAGUUAUGAACAUCUACGAUAGUGGAUCAACCAACGUGCAGGAAGCAAUGCAGGCGGUGAACAUCCUAAACCAAGUGUUCUCUGCGCUGGAUGAGGAGAUCAUAUCUCCGUUCGUCUACAAGGUGGAAACGGUGGGCAUGGUCUACAUGGCAGUGUCCGGGGCACCAGACAUCAAUCCCCUGCAUGCCCAGCAUGCCUGCGACCUGGCUCUGAGGGUCAUCAAGAAGGUGAAGUCCCACAAUCUGCCGGAUGUGGCAAUCCGAGUGGGUAUCAACUCUGGCCCGGUGGUGGCGGGUGUUGUGGGCAUGAAGGUGCCGCGGUACUGUCUCUUUGGCGAUACUGUGAACACGGCCUCACGCAUGGAGAGCAGCUGCGAUCCAUGGAAAAUACAAUUGUCCAACUACACGGCCGAGAAAGUGCGAGAUGUGGGCUAUAAAGUGGAGGCACGCGGCAGAGUUAAUGUGAAGGGCAAAGGUGAAAUGGAAACAUUCUGGCUCGUGGAAGGACCUGAAGAUUAAUAAAAUUGAAAUUUCUAUUGUAGUAAU